AUGUCAAAUGAUAUCGCUUCUAACCGUUCUACGCUCAAGGAAUUCCUCGCUUCCAUAGCAACAAUCUCUGGAGAUCUCAGCAAUAUAACGGCACCGCCCUUCGUUCUAGCAGAGUACUCAACAGUCGAGAUACCACAGUACUGGGCAGAUCACCCACUACUGUUUGUUGCACCAGCUGCAGAGCAAAAUCCCGAGAAAAGGGCAUUGCUUGUGCUAAAGUGGUUCCUCGGUUCGUUGAGAAAUCAGCAGUAUGCUGGAAGGAAAGAAGAAGAGGGCGUGAAGAAGCCGUUGAACGCUUUCCUUGGGGAGCUAUUUGUUGGAAGCUGGCAGGAUGAAGAGCUCGGAGAAACAAGUUUGGUAUCCGAACAAGUUAGCCACCACCCGCCCAUAACAGCAUGCUAUUUGUGGAACGAUAAGCACGGCAUUCGAGCGGAAGGGUUUACGCAACAAGAGAUCACGUUCUCUGGGAGCGUUAGUAUUAAGCAGAAAGGAUAUGCUGUCUUGCAUAUCGAUAAGUAUGAUGAAGACUAUCUAAUCCCUGUACCAAACGUCAAGGUGAAGGGCAUUUUGAGCGGAGCACCCUACCCCGAGUUACAUGGACAGUACUCCCUCAUCUCCUCAAACGGAUACGUAUCACACGUUAAAUUUGAAGGCAAGGGCUUUUUUGGUUCAGGUCAGAAGAACAGCUUCGAAGCGCGGAUUUCCCACGUAAAUCAACCGAACGAAGACAUAUACACGGCCAAGGGAGCAUGGAGUGGAGGAUCUCUCAUUCUAGACUCAAGAAGCGGAAAGCAAAUCGAGAUUUUCGAUGUCAUGGCUCUUCAGUCGCAGAAGAUGGAAGUAGCCGACUUAUCACAUCAAGAUCCAUGGGAGUCACGUAGAGCAUGGGGAGAUACUAUUGCUGCUUUGCGCAGUGGUGACAUGAAGGGCACGACGAAUUCCAAGUCCGUGAUCGAGGAAGGCCAGCGGAAGAUGAGGAAAGAUGAGGAAGCGGAGGGAAAACAGUGGAAGAGCAUCUUUUUCCAUAGCGUUAAACAUGACCCUGUUUUUGAGAAAUUGGUCGCUCAUGAUAAUGGGUCUUAUACAGUGGACCGAGAAGGAGGCAUCUGGAAGGUCGACCAGGAAAUGGCCAAGACUGCAAAGACGCCAUAUCAUGGUAAUUUACUGCCAUCAAAUGAUAAGACAAAUUUGAAGCAGAGAGAAGAUUCCAGGAAUGGGAACGAUUUUCAAGAUAAGGCGCAGAUCACGACGGCAGCAGAAAUGACGAGCGGGGAUCCAGGAGAACAACGAAACAAAAACGGCGCAUCAAGACAGGAGAUGAACAAUGGCACUGCGCAACAAGAGAAGCAACCUGGGAGCGUAACUAGUAGCUCACAAGAAAUAUCGGACGCGCAAAUCGAGGCUUUUCUCCGGGCGAAGCACAGUAAUGUUAAUCGAGGGUGA